AUGCCGCAGAACGACCAAGUUGGUUUCGAGCUCGCCUUCAAGGCUUGCAACUCUUCCAUCAAGGUCAUCGCCCCCUGGCGGCUCCCCGGAUUCUGUGAAGAGUUCCAAGGUCGACAGGAUGUCCUCAAGCUCGCCGCCGAGAACAACAUACCCGUUUCAUCGACCCCCAAGGCUCCUUGGAGUCAGGACGAGAACCUCGUCCACUGCUCGUACGAGGCUGGCAUUCUCGAAGACCCUGAUCAUACCCCUCCUAAGGACCUUUGGACUCAGACUGUCGAUCCUCUCGAGGCUCCCGACAAGCCUCUUGACUUCACCGUAUACUUCGAGAAGGGUCUCCCUGUCAAGGUUGCUACCCCUGACCAACAGGCCACCGACUCGGUAGAGUUGUUCAAGCUGCUCAACAAGAUUGGCCACGACCACGGCGUCGACCGAAUUGACAUUGUCGAGAACCGAUGGACUGGACUCAAGAGCCGAGGAUGCUACGACACCCCUGGUCUCACCAUCGCCCGCCUUGCUGACGUCGGUCUCGAGGGUCUUGUCCUUGACUCCAAGGUCCGCAAGCUUCGAGACAAAUUUGUGACUAUCGAGUGGUCCCAGUGCCUUUACUAUGGCAUUUCUCUCCUGAACGAUGAUACUUCAAUGGGCAGUCUUGACACCUGUUCUCCCAUGGACAGCACUGGCUUGAUUGCUAUCCAGUCUAUCCGAUUAGAGAAGUAUGGUGCGCAGAAGGCUAAAGAUGGCCAGCCCCUUAGCCAGUCUUAA